CAGCUGGGGAGGGUGGUGGGGGCGAGGCCGGCCAGGCCGCAGACCCGGGCCUUAAAGCCUGAGUCAGUCGCUGUUGCGCUAGAGCUCGGGACUUCGGCGACCUCAGGGAGGCUGCGUGUGAUCCUGCGCAGCUGUGGCCGCCACAGGGUUUGGAAACAUGAAUCCUUCAUUGUUCCUGGCUGCGUUGUGCUUGGGUAUAGCUUCAGCUACUCCAAACUCUGAUCAGAAUCUAGAUACCUCAUGGCACCACUGGAAGUCAACGCACAGGAGACUAUAUGGCAAGAAUGAAGAAGGGUGGAGGAGAGCCGUGUGGGAGAAGAAUAUGAAAAUGAUUGAAAUGCACAAUCAUGAAUAUAGCAACGGAAAACAUGGCUUCACAAUGGGCAUGAAUGCUUUCGGCGACAUGACCAAUGAAGAAUUCAGACAGGUGAUGAAUGGCUUUCGAAACCAGAAACAGAAGUCGGGGAAAGUGUUUCACGCACCUCUGCUCCUUCAGGCCCCCAAAUCUGUGGAUUGGAGAGAGAAAGGUUUCGUGACUCCGGUGAAGAAUCAGGGUCAGUGUGGUUCUUGUUGGGCUUUUAGUGCGACUGGUGCUCUGGAAGGACAGAUGUUCCGGAAAACCGGCAAACUCAUCUCACUGAGCGAGCAGAACUUGGUGGACUGCUCUCGGAGACAAGGCAAUCUUGGCUGUCAGGGCGGCCUGAUGGACAAUGCCUUCCAGUACAUUAAGGACAAUGGAGGGCUGGACUCAGAGGAAUCCUAUCCAUAUAAAGGAAUGGAUGGAACCUGUCAAUACAAGGCUGAAUGGGCUGUUGCUAAUGACACUGGCUUUGUGGACAUUCCUGCAGGAGAAGGCCCUUAUGAAGGCAGUGGCGUCUGUGGGACCAAUCUCUGUUGCUAUUGACGCAGGCCAUGCGUCCUUCCAAUUCUACAAAGAUGGCAUUUAUUAUGAGCCAGACUGCAGCAGUGAAAACCUGGAUCAUGGUGUUCUGGUGGUUGGCUACGGCGUUGAAAAAAGGAAUUCAAAUGAUAAAUAUUGGCUUAUCAAGAAUAGCUGGGGUGAACAGUGGGGUGCAAAUGGUUAUGUGAAAAUAGCCAAAGACAGAAACAACCACUGUGGGGUCGCCUCAGCAGCCAGCUAUCCUGUCGUCUGAGCUGACGAAUGGUGAUCUUGGAAGACUUGAGGACUAUCUGGAGGAAUUUUAUCUUAAAACUGACCAAACCCUUAUUUGUAAGAUAAAACACUUGAAUCACCAAGGAUCCAAGUUGUGAUUUGAAUUCUGUGACAUUUUUACAAGGGUAAAAUGUUACCACUAUGUUAAUUACUGUUAUAAACAGCUUUAUGAUAUUGAAGACUCAUUGUUUAAUUCUAAGGCUUUU